AUGCUCUCGUUGUGUGCUGCUGCAGGCCUUCCUACCGCCAGCAGCGCUGAUGAUGCCAAUGCGAAUGCAGCUGCUGAUACUGCUGCAAACGCCCCCGUGCGUGCUGCUGCUGCGGCUACUAUGGAGGGUCCUGCCGUCGAUCCUCACGUGACAGUGCUGCUGGUUUGCGCUGGCUGUCUCAUGGGCCUGCUUGGGGAGGCUCUGUGCUACAUUUUCGUGUACUCCAAGACCGAGUUCAAAAGGCUUCAAUCUGAAACCAACAAACUCUGGAGGGAGUAUUUGGCUCUCGAGGCGGAGUGCGUGGGGGGCCCCGACGGGCGCUACCUAGGGCGUACUGGUCGUGCGGCUGCAGCCCUGCAAGCCAAGAUUCACAAAAAGACCAAGUCUCUAAAUGCGCUUAAGCAGAAGGGUUCAAUUUGCGUUGCGGUCGUCUUUGUCCUGGGCAUGCCCUUAAUUCACUCCUUCUUUGAGGGGGCCCCAGGGGCCUACCUCCCGUUUCCCAUGGUGUUUCCAUUUUCAAUGUUCAAGUACACCAGACCACAUGAGGAGGGAGCCCUUCUGAAUCCGGAGGGCGCAGCUCCUGGUCAGGGGUCCCCUCAGCUGCCUUCCAUGUGCAAUACCUACGCCGUCUUCACCGCCAGCAUGCUGGUCUUUAAGGCCCAGAUUCAAAAAAUCCUAGGUGUAAGUGCGCCUGCAAGUUUGCAACAACAAGCAGCGAUGGCCUCCGCCUCCACCAACUAA